GGGAAGCAUACCUCUUUCUAUCAACGAGCGAUUUACACGCGAUUCGUGUGGUAGAAAAAUUACAGUUGAAAAGACCCGCAUUCGGUACCUCGAAUCCCACACCGGUUUUUCUCGACAGCGAAUAAAGCUUUCGUGACCUUGCAGUCCGUUUGAUCGGCCAUCUUCCACAACCUGCCCCGAAGUAGGAGCCACGUCUAGUGACGGGAAUCUGCAGCUUGGUGGGGUCGCAAGAGGACGGAAGUUGGUUCCCCUGUUUGCCGUCAAGUGUUGGAGCUGUCUCGCCCACAGUUGGCGCACGCAGGUUGCUUUGAUUGGAGUUGCCAUCGGAGGCACCUGUUCUCUGGCAGAACAACUUUCUUUUUUCACAACUUUCUCAUUUCUAGAACGGAUAUAUUAGACUUCUCUUUCUAUUUACAAACCGAAAAUGGCCGCCACAUUUUCCUACGCUCAGGCCGCUAAGGGCGCCGCUCCCUCGGUACCAUCCGCAAAGACGACCCCAGAGCCGAAUGAUGUCUCCAAGCCAGAUGAGCAGGACUCGAACUCGAGCUCGCAAGCCGAAAACAAUGUGACCUCGCAGACAGAGGCACCGCAGGAGGCUGAGAAGACUCCCGUCAACUCGGUCAAGGAAUCGGAGACUCCGGCUCCCGCAUCCAAGACGAACGCUUCGGGCACAACGUCCCCCAGUGCCGGCAACUCGACUUCCACGGAAGCGAAGGACGAGGGCUCAAAUACACCUAAUGGUACCUCGGAAUCUACUUGGGAUAAGCAAUCACAGGCCUCGGGGUCAGAGAAGCCGCAGGGUGGCGAUGAAAAACCCAAGGAAAAGUCCGCCGAGGACAAGGAGAAGGAAGAGCCCCCCAAGGAGCUGAAGGCUGCCCCCCUUCCCGCAGUGAACGUGUGGCAGAAGCGAAAAGAGGCACAGGAUGCCAAGGCCAAGGUCGUUCAGUCGCAAAAGCCUGCGCCUAGCUCCGCCAAGAAUGGCAACGCGAAGACUGCUUCUGCAACCUCCUCGAUAUCGGGUGAUAACCAGCAGGAGCAGCCCAAGGCUGCUCCUAAGAAGAAGGGAGCUGAUGCCGUCUCCGAGGGCAACAACCGCAAGAGAACGGGUCGCGACGAGAACGCAUCUGUGCCCCCUGUCGAGGACGCAGCCCUGUGGCCCACGCCGCAAGUUGCCCAAGGCGAGGAGAAGCGCAAGGCCCAGGAGAAGGGCGACAAGACCGAAAAGUCCGAGAAGAGCCCCGUGAUCCGACCCCAUGGCAAGGAGAAGUGGAUGCCCGUGCCCUAUGUCCCUACUGCCGUUUUCAACACCCCUCUUCCUUCUGGUGCCCGCCGAGGUGGACGCACUGCUCGCGGUGGACGCGAGGGUGGUCGCAACGGCGCUCAUGCCGCCGCCGCCGAUAAGGCUGCCUCUGGACAGGCGGCCCAGGGCUCUGCCAAGGCCUCGCCCGCAGACCGAGGAAGGAAUGAGGCCAACUCCGCUCGUGCAAACUCCCUCCCUGCGCCGUCGAGGCGAUCGAACAGUGCUGAUGCCGGGUCUGCCGACCAGCGCAAGGCCCAGACGACGGACCGAAGCCGUGGAACGAAGGGUGCUGAGAACGCCAACGCCGCCUCUGCCGGGCGACAUGCCAACGGAGGCGAGACGUUCCCCCGCCACCACCGCGAUGCGAAGGCCUUCAGAAACCACGAUGCGGCCAACAAGGGCGGAGACCACGGUGCCAGAAACCCGAACCUCUCCGUGGAUGCACAGAACGGUCCCCGCUCCAACGACCGCCGGUUCGAGAACGGUCCCAAAUCGGCUGAUUUCUCUGGAUUCCAUGGCGAUCGCAAGGACAAGGACUUCUCUCGCGAAUCGCGCGCUGACCGAGGCCGUGGCUCCCGGGGCCGUGGCGGUUUCGGUGGCUCUCAGAAUUCUCACUUUGCCAACAACCACAUGUCGCACAACUCGUUCAUGCACCAGAAGUCCUUCGGCUUCAACGACCGCCAGCGAUCGCAGCACGGUCUCCCGAAUGGCUCUCAAGGCCACCGGAUGUCCUUGAGGUCGCCCUCGUUGCCCAACUCUGGCGCCAUGUACGGUGUCUACCAGUUCCCCGCGGAUAUCAACACGAUGUAUGGCUACCAGCCCAUGCACGCCGGUCCCAUGACGGCGGUCCCCUACCAGCAAUAUAUGGAGCCUUUCUCCCUGAUGGGCAUGGUCUCCAUGCAGCUUGAAUACUACUUCUCUGUGGACAACCUGUGCAAGGAUCUCUUCCUCCGCAAGCACAUGGACUCGCAGGGUUUCGUGGAACUGGCGUUCAUCGGCAGCUUCAAGCGAAUCAAGACUCUGACCGAAGAUUUCGAGUUCCUCCGUCAUGUGGCCCGCUCACUGAGAAACGUGGAAUACAUCACCGGCGAGGAUGGCGUUGAUCGCCUGCGACCGAGGGAAUGGGAGCAGUGGGUCCUGCCGUUGGACCAGCGUGAUCCUUCCGCGCAGAAGAGCGGCACUGCUCCGGCGAACCCCAGCAAGGCCGACGAGAACGCCGCCCCCCAGAACCACGUCGAAGGCGCCGUGAAUGGCACUGCUCACCAGCCCCUGUUUAACGGCGUCUCGAAGACCUCGUUGUCUUCUGAUGCCCCGGAGUUCUCUCCUUCGAAACCCGUUGAUGCUCAAGCCGAAGUCGUAAGUUUUGAACAACCUGUGGUUCGGGGUGGUUUUCCAUCGAAAUAGCUCUGGCUGACGUGAAAACAGCGGGCGGAUUAAAUUCUCCUGAAUAUCACAUCUCCUCUCCUUCCGGGAUGUUGGUCUCUUGUCGAGACGUAACUUUGUCGGAUUUGAGGUCGAUGGCCCCGAGGUUUAUAUACCAACCCCUCGGAGCCC